AUGCCACAUAACCAGUUUGACCAAGUUAGUUGUACUUAUAUUGCAUUUAGUUGAAUUAGUUCAGUGCCACUCAUUUAGACAUUAUGCUUUCCAUGUGUUGAUCUAAAUAAUUAUUUUUUUCUAUUUUUAAAUGCAAAAUGUUUCCAAUAUUUGCAAAACGAAAUUUAAUAAUUCAAACCAUUAGUUCACUCUAUAAGACUUAAAUGUCUACCAAAAGAAGAGUUGCAUCAUAAUUGUACCUUGACUAAGUGGACUGAGUCAAUGGCUUGUUCACCAUAUAUUGAACUGGAAAGCUUUGUAUUUCUUUCUAAAAGCUUAAUUAAACCAAGAUUUGCCCUUUUAACAUAUUUUAUUCUUUAAUUGAAGAAGUGCAAUUUUAAAGAUGAAGCGAACAAUCUCUUGGUUCAGAAUGAAAAAGAAAUCAACCGAGUACGGGGUCGGGUAGCCUCCCUUGUUGACGAAAAGUGCAACCUUAUCAAGAGAAUCACAGUUCUUGAAGAACAAGCCAAGAAAUGUGACACCGCUAACAAAGCACCAUUUUCAACAAGCCAAAAUUCUGGAAAGCCAACAAAUGAAAAUAAUUUAGAUGACCAAUCAAAUGAAACUGAUUUAGUUGUUCAACUCGAAGAUCUGACAAAAACCGAUAUUGCAGAAUCCAGUAAAAAUGACGUAGAAAACCCGGAAGAAUUAAAGAGCAUAACACAUUGCGAAACAGAACUCCAGGAGACUAACAAAGAAAUUACAUCACAGAACACAAAUGCAGAGACUCGAAAAACUCCUAAUUAUGACUUUGUCAUGUUGUGUGAUUCAAAUCGAAGAUACCUAGACAUUAAUAAGCUAUGCUCAUCUAAUAACACAAAAAUGAUCGCCUGUGGUAAAAGGGAAAAAAAAGGAAGAAAAAAAAAGGAAAAAAAGGCAACUGAAAUCAUAAAUAAUCCAAAAUUCACAGUUAAUCAAGCUUUGAUAAUCAAUACGGGAGUUAAUGAUGUUGAACAUUUAAAACCCGUAAAAAUCAUUGAAGAUCAAGUUCAUUUGGUUGAAGCCGCAUCCCACAUGUUUCCAGGAAGAAAAAUAAUUUUGUCUGAUAUUACCCCUCGGACUGAUAAUCUUGAUCAAGCUAUAAUCAAUAUCAACAAUGACAUCCAUGAAAGGAUCAAAGAUUUAUCCAAUGUACAGCACGUCUACAACGGGAAUCUGAGGCAAUACAAAUUUUUCUAUGACGCAAAGCACCUCAGCAAGAGAUUGGGAAUUCCUUUACUGGCAAAAAAUUUUAAAAAUGGUCUACCUCGUGCCCUCCGCCCCCAACAGCGACAUGGAAAUAGCUGCCAACAAACAUCGAAUCCGCAACCGCAAGCAAGAAACCAAUCUCACACCAUGGCACCAGAAAUAACUCCACCAGCACCAGUCCCAAUGUUACCACUCAACCAACCUGUAAACGCCCAAAUCGAAACCACAACAUUGAAACCCACAGUUACAGUCCAAGAACAACUGCAGAAUAUGAACAAUUUGCUAAACCAUUUCGUUUCAAUUUUCAACUUUGGUCAACCACAAUUACAGAGGGUAAUGUAUAACCAAUUACCAGUCGACAAUCCUAGAUUAUUAUAUAACCAUACAUAAACAUAUUUCAAUAGCAGUUCCUAAGAUCAAAGUUACUAAAAAUAAUGGCAAGAGAUUUUCUAAAAAUUGGUACUUGGAACAUUGAAGGCUUAUCUGCAAAACUAGAUGACUCAGAUUUUAUCUCCCAAAUCACAAAUUUUGAUCUAAUUACACUAGUAGGAACUUGGCUACCUUAUGGUUUUAAUAAUAUCAAUAUCCCAGGUUAUAAAUCUUUUUCAAUGUGCAGAAAAGACAUAUCCCAAUGAUCACGUUGGGGUUCAUUCCAACCUGAGAAAAGGAAUCAAAUUUUUAGAAAAGGAUAGUUCUGAAGAGUUUGUAUGGUGGAAGUUAGAUAAAUCCUUUUUUAAAAUGUCCCAUGAUAUCUACAUAUGUUCAGUUUAUGUACCUCCAUAAAACUCCUCCCGAGAAUUAAGAAUUAAUAUUGACCAUUUCGAAUGUCCUCAAGAAAAGAUUUAUAAAUUUGGAACACUAGGUAAAAUCCUUUUAUGUGGAGAUUUUAACGCAAGAACGGGGACACUUAAUGAUUUUAUUGACAACGAAUUUCCUGAAAACGAUUUUCAAAUUCCGAUUGCAAUCGAAAAACGAUGCUCAAAAGAUUCACACAAUAAUUAUGGAAGAUCAUUAUUAGAUUUAUGUGUUGGCAACAACCUGAUUAUUCUAAAUGGGAGAACUAAAGGAGACUUCACUGGUCAGUACACUUGCCACACGUACAAUGGAGCAAGUGUAGUUGACUAUGCUAUUGCUUCUUAUGACCUCUUAAAAUCAAUUAUUAACUUUUCUGUUGACAAUGUUAAUGAAUUUUCCCACCAUUCUUGUUUAUCCUUUGUGUUGAGUGCAAAAACCCCCAAUGUUUCAGAAGAUGAUUUAAACAUAAUGCCUCACCCUGAAUCGUUUUCAUGGAAUGAGAACCUAAAAGACAACCUGGGGAUUGUUUUAGAUUCCAAGGAAGUUCAGAUUAAACUAGAACAGUUGUUUUCUCAAACAUCCUCAGGAACUCUUUGUGAUAUCAACUCCAUUGUUGAGUGCCUCAUGUAG